CACCCACACAGCUUGCAAUCUAUUCCCAGAGUCAGAGAAGACAGACUGUCUCUAGUUUGCAGAAUAUUUGCCAAAAGCCGUGGACAAUGCUGCGAGUAAGGUGUCACAGAGAUGGUAGCAGGGGGGCUGAAGCAGCCCAUCUGAUUGGAGCUAUGAUUGGCCGCACCAUGUCCGGUUGGGUGCAGAGGGCUUUCCAGAGCACUUCCAGCUCAGCUGCUCCGCCACGUAUUGCAGUGGAGGAACCUGCUACUGAUCUCGCACCCCAACAGAUCCCGGUGUGCGCCUACAAUGAAUGGGACCCAUUGGAGGAAGUCAUUGUUGGACGACCCGAGAACGCAUGUGUCCCUCCAUUCACUGUGGAGAUCAAGGCCCACACUAAUGAGAAGUAUCGGCCCUUCUACCAAAAAUAUGGGGGCCAGCCUUUCCCUAAGGACCACUUGAAGAAAGCUGUUGCUGAAAUUGAGGAAAUGUGCAAUAUUCUCCGCCAUGAGGGUGUUACUGUGAGAAGGCCAGAACCCCUUGACUGGUCUUUCGAAUACAAAACCCCAGAUUUUUCAUCUACUGGGAUGUAUGCUGCCAUGCCUAGAGAUAUACUUAUUGUCAUUGGGGAGGAGAUUAUCGAGGCUCCAAUGGCAUGGAGGUCCCGGUUCUUUGAAUACAGAGCGUAUAGGCCUCUCAUCAAGGAAUACUUUAGGAGAGGGGCAAAGUGGACCACAGCUCCAAAACCUACCAUGUCUGAUGAGCUGUAUGAUCAGGACUACCCCUAUCGCACUGUGGAGGAAAGGCACAAGCUAGCAGCCCAGGGCAAGUUUGUGACCACUGAGCAUGAGCCCUGCUUCGACGCUGCUGAUUUCAUAAGGGCUGGGACAGAUAUCUUUGUGCAAAGGAGUCAGGUUACAAAUUAUAUGGGUAUUGAAUGGAUGCGUCGUCACCUUGCCCCGACAUACAAGGUGCACAUCAUUUCUUUUAAGGACUCUAAUCCCAUGCACAUUGAUGCCACUUUCAACAUUAUUGGUCCUGGCCUGGUGCUGUCCAACCCCAUUCGCCCAUGUCACCAGAUUGAAAUGUUUGAGAAGGCAGGCUGGACAGUGGUAAAACCCCCAACACCUCUGAUUCCAGAUGAUCAUCCUAUGUGGAUGGCCUCAAAAUGGCUGUCCAUGAAUGUCCUGAUGCUGGAUGAGAAACGAGUCAUGGUUGAUGCCAAUGAGACUACCAUCCAUAAAAUGUUUGAGAGUCUUGGCAUUAAAACCGUCAAGGUGAACAUCCGACAUGCCAUGUCCCUUGGAGGUGGCUUCCAUUGCUACACAACUGAUGUUCGUCGUCGUGGUACCCUGCAGUCUUACUUCCAUUAGCCAUGCCAGAAAGUAGCAGUUGUUAUUGAGCUUUGAAUGUUAUCUAAAAAAUAAUCAAUGAUAAUUGUUUUUACUCUUACUAAAAAGGCCUAGACUACUGUAGGUUGAUUUCACAAAGCUGUGUGUUGAAGCUUUUGCAAGAAUUGACGUGAGAAACAGCAACAAUAAUGAUGUCGACUAGGAGCAUGAUGUUCCUUAUAAUUGAUACUUCUAUUGCAGUGUGAAGUCAUUCUUCCAGUAGAAACUAACCUAGUUCUUAAAGUUCUUAUUAUUUGAUACUUAUGUUCCGAUAAGUGAUGUUCAGAUGGCAAAUCAUGUGUUGUAUGACAUUAGAAAUGUUCUUAAUGUCCUUGGUUCUUAAAUAACCCAUUGUAUUGACCUAGUCAUGUGUGUGUGCAGAGACGGUGUAAUGAUACAAUGAUACAAUGAGAUUAUGAUACCAUGCGAGGUAUAAAUGUGUGUGUGAGAAACAACUGUCUCUUGGGGGGAGGACUGUAGGGUGCUCUUUUUUUUUUGCAAUUUUUUUUUCCACUCCUAGGCAGAUUUCCACUUACACUUUCCACUUGUGAACACCUGGCUGCUCAUUACCUCCUUAAUUUCAAUAGAAGCAGUAAGAAUGUACCAAUUUUUCACACACUGCUUCAGUAUUUUGGCUUAUUAUAAAAAUGACACGUCAUGUGUUAUUGGUAAUCUGGUUGUAUCGCCCUAAUUUUAAGACCUGGUUAGGAUCAGAUGAUUUUUUUAUUAAGUCCUGACACCAUAAAAAAAACAUAGAAUUGAAAGAGGGUGUACUUUCUUUUUCACAUUUAGAUAUAUUGAGAUUAAACAGCUAAUCUGCUAUUGAUCAAAACUGAGGUGAUGUGUAAUAUAUGCAUUGUGAUAUUAUGGCUCAUAUUAAAACAAUGUAAAUGGUUCCCACCUAGAUUCAUGGCCUCCAUGGCUUCCUUGAACAUUUGCUGGCUGAAGAUGAGCUCAAUCAGCUUCUUUGUAGGAACAUCCAAGGUGCAGGGUAGGACAUUUUUUGACACUUUUGAUUGGGGCGCAUCAACCGUAUCCACCUGUAAAAUGCAUAUAUGACUCCAACCAUUAAAGAGUAGGUCUCCUAACAAAA